AUGUUUGAUAAUCCUUUCGAGAUAUCCAUCCAGCCGUUCGUUGAUUCAGAGUUCUCCAACGUGGGAGUCCCUGGCAGAUGGCUGUUUCGUGUUGAUGAGGAGAUCAUUCGGGGUGGAUGCAGUAAUGAGAGCAUAGGCUAUUUGACCACGGCUCCGAUCGCUGCGACAAUGAUCGGUGGAGUGUACGUGAAUGUUUCUGGUCCGUGCCUCCGUGGUGGCGAUGUUGUCAAAAGUGAUCUUUUGAUGAUACGCGAGUUAAACAUGCAUCGAGCUCAAUGUGUUCUACCUGUGAAUCGAAUGUACAAAACUGGUCUCGUCAAUGUGAAAAUGAGUCGUGACGGGUGGUCAGAGUUUAUCCCUACGCUUGGACUAGCAACAGCUCUUGCACACCUGCUGUCAACUAAUAAGAUAUCGCGCGUAGAGGUCCACAACAAUUGGCGUAGUGCCAACGCAACGCGGCUUCGAUUGGAAUGGGCACCUUACAAUUUGACGAACGAUGUGAACGCUAUGAUUAACAUCAAACUGUUGGGAUACUGGGAAGAUACCGAUGACCAUAUAGGCACUAUCGCAGAACGCACAUCAAACGACGGCUCAUAUGAGUUCGAUCCGAGGACACUGGCUAGGACGUCAAUGCUAUUUGACUCGUGGAGACGUUACUCGUUUGGAGCUGUGAGAAUUUCCAUAUCGGAUACCGAUGAGAGUACAGGGGUAUUUUGGAGCAAACUAACGCCAUUCGGCCUGGACUGGUUUGACUACGACGGAAAGCGCGUGAAUUUUGCCAUGGAUCUGGAACCGUUCCUUCCAUGCCCAUGCACACUCGAUCAGGCGUUUCUUGACAUCGGACGGUAUAUGCCGCUGUUCGGAUGUGAUGUUGACGGUGAUGCAUCGUGUGAAUACAACAAAGGAGCUCAACAUUGCGUUAUGAGUGUUGCAUCCACGUGGACCGGAGCUGGACAGGUAUGCUGUUAUGACUUUGAAGGUUGGCUGAUGCACUCCGAUGACUACGAGAAUGCAGCACAUCUGAGAUUCUUCAGCCCAGGAACUGCCAUGAGGUACGUCAGAAUUGUUUAUAGGUGCAAAUCGUGA